AUGCGCUUGAUAAACGCCAGAACCCUCGGGUUGGAGGAGUUUGUGGGGCACAAUAUUCCUGAGUAUGCUAUUCUGUCUCAUACAUGGGGAGAGGAUGAGGUCACCUUCCAGGAUAUGCAGACGCCAACAGUCACCGAGAAAUUGGGGUACGCCAAAAUCAAGCACUCAUGCGAAAAAGCUUUGCAAGAUGAUCUAGGUUAUGUAUGGGUGGAUACCUGCUGCAUAGAUAAGGCUAGUAGUGCUGAGCUUUCUGAAGCCAUCAACUCUAUGAUGGCAUGGUACGCCGAGUCCAAAAUUUGCUAUGCCUACCUAGCAGACGUACCUCCGAUCACUGAUGAAGGGCUCGAUGAAGCUGCUUUUUCGCGGAGUCGAUGGUUCACUCGAGGGUGGACCCUUCAGGAGCUUAUUGCACCAUGUCAUUUGGUAUUCCUAGCUCAAGAUUGGUCAGACCUAUAUGAGAGGGGAACUUUAGCGGGGCUUAUAAGUGAUAUCACUGGUAUCAAUAACGCAUUUCUAGAUUGGAGACCAGAGAAUUCUUUGCUUGGAUUUAGAUUGAAGUCGACAAGUAUCGCUGAAAGAAUGAGCUGGGCUUCGAACCGUGAAACCACUCGAAUUGAAGACAUGGCAUAUUCGCUGUUGGGUGUACUUCAAGUCAACAUGCCGCUCCUGUAUGGAGAGGGAUCUGCUGCCUUUCGAAGACUACAAGAAGAAAUCAUUAAACAUUCCGAUGAUCAGUCAUUGUUUGCGUGGAGUUUUAGAGAACCAGAACAUGAUUUGAGUCAUAAACGACCAUGGUCGAUAUCUCAGUCGUUGCUCGAGGAAUUAGUUUUUAUCUUCAAAGACUAUGAAACCCCUCCAGAAUGUUCUGGAGCAAUGCAAAUAGACGCCUCAGACUUCUCGGGGAUCCUUGCUGAGUCUCCAGCGGCAUUCCAAGGUUGUGGCGACAUAGUUCCAUGCGACGUCAAAAGGCCGACCCCUCCUUUCUCGAUGACCAAUAAGGGCCUAAGUAUAGAACUGCCACUUCUUGAGCUCUCAGACGGCUGGUUCAUUCUCCUUCAGUGUCAAACGAAGAGAGACCCUACUAGGCUAAUAGCCGUGCCAUUACGGAAGAUAGGCGAUACCUACUGCCGAUCCAAACGAGGGAACUACGUGGCCGAUCAUGCAGCCUGGUUUAGAUGGCCCCGCAAACAGCUUUAUUUUUCCCCCGAUAUCAAGGCGACCCAUGCAGGGAUCAUGUAUAACCCAUGGUAUUCUGUCAUCAUAAGAGGUCUUCCGCCGAAUCUUGGGAUAGUGGACGUACUCCCAUCUGAUCCCGGCCGGCGGUCUGAUUCAAGGGUCCUCUCCACAAAAACCACUCGAGAUUUUAAUCCCGAUACCGAAGACGUUUUUGUUUGGCUUCAGGACAUGGAUGACAACCGUCUCUCAUUCAUAUUGGAUGUUAGAAUGGAAAAGCCCCGCUGGAGAUACGGUUCCAUUUGGGAGACUAUCCUCACACCUUAUUUGUUCCUUCCUCCAGAUAAUGACACACCAACUAUCACACGUCAUUUCCUAUAA